CCCGCCAUCUUAGGGGCGUCCCCGUUUCCCUCCCCCGUGGUUUGGAAGUGUCUGUGCUUUGGGAAUAACGUGUCCUGUCUUCGCUGUGUGGAGCCGAGGGACGAGGGAGAGGCCCCCGCGGUGCUAGAGUUCCUGGCACCUUGGCUCGCGUCCCGAGGGGACAAUGUCUAACGUGCAGGUGGCUGUGGUGACGGGGUCCAACAAAGGGAUUGGCUUGGCCAUCGUGCGGGCCCUGUGCAAGCAAUUCCCGGGGGAUGUGUACCUGACAUCCCGGGAUCCCGGCCGUGGCCAGGCUGCCGUGGCACAGCUCCAGCAGGAGGGGCUGCGGCCGCUCUUCCACCAGCUGGAUAUCGAUGACCUGCAGAGCAUCCGAGUGCUCCGGGACUUCCUGAAGGAGAAGUAUGGAGGGCUCAAUGUGCUGGUGAACAACGCAGGCAUCGCUUUCAAAGUACAUGACACAACUCCAUUUGCUGUCCAAGCUGAGGUUACACUGAAGACAAACUUUUUUGGAACCAGGAAUGUUUGCACAGAAUUGUUACCUCUUAUGAAGCCUUAUGGUCGAGUGGUGAAUGUCUCCAGCAUGGUGAGCAGCUCAGCCCUGGGAGGCUGCAGCCAAGAGCUGCAGCAGAAAUUCCGCAGUGACACCAUCACUGAGGAGGAGUUGGUGCAGCUCAUGACCAAAUUUGUAGAAGACACUAAGAAAAGUGUCCAUGAGAAAGAGGGUUGGCCAAACACUGCCUAUGGGGUGUCCAAAAUUGGGGUCACGGUCUUGUCCAGGAUCCAAGCCCGGUUGUUAAACGAGGAAAGGAAAGGCGACCACAUCCUGCUCAAUGCCUGCUGCCCUGGCUGGGUGAGGACAGACAUGGCAGGUCCCAAAGCCACCAAGUCCCCAGAUGAGGGGGCUGAGACCCCCGUUUAUUUGGCCCUUUUGCCUUCCAAUGCUGAUGCUCCUCAUGGCCAGUUUGUGAGUAACAAAACUGUCAGACCCUGGUGAGCUCAGGAAGGUGGGGGUGGAAAGGUGCCUGACAUUGUUUUCCUGAUUUCACUCCUAAUUCCAUCAUUGCCAGCCCUUUCCCCACUCCCCCUGGGAUGGAUCUCAGACAUGGAGCUGGGAUGAGGAAACAGGUGCCUUAUCUCUCAUCACAGUAGAUCUUUCCAGGAUCCAGAGCUGCUGUUUGAGGCUGCACAGGGUUUCUUAAAGAGGAUGGGGUUGUUUUAGAGCUCCUGUGAUCUGUCUGUGGGGGAGACUCAAGACCAGAAUCACAGUUGUGCAGACAUUCCUUACUAUCAGAACUAAAUGGAACUAGGUGAAAAUAAAAAAUAGCACUGAUCCACCAUUUAUAGCCAAACAUAAUCAGUUGGUUUUAUUAAUAUAUCAAUAAAUAAUUUCUGAUUUAUAUUCAUCCAAGUGGCUUAUUCUGGUAGUAAAAACUUAGAAAGUUUGAAAAUAUAUUUUCAUUUUUUGCAGCUAAGUUUGUGGCUGGAAUUUGUGAUGUCUGCACUGGAUACAGAGAGAAUAAACUACAGACCUGACACAACAAA